AUGGACUCAAUUGAGCCAUCAUUCUAUAGAAGGCACCUUGUGAAACCAGUAGGACUCGAAUUGGAAAGAGUAGCAUGGCUGCUAGUGAAAGUAAUGGAUUUCAGCUUUGCCACUCUCAUCUACCAUGCGUUCACAUGCCUUGCGUAUUUGUCCCCUCUUCUUGGAUCAUUACUCGCUGAUUCCUACCUCGGCAGGUUUAAGGUUAUACUCUACGGUUCAUCAGUCUACGUACUUGGUCAUAUUUUGCUCUCUUUCGGAGCCGUUCCAACCAUGGGUAUAGGAGUUCGAACGCUGUUCGACUUUGGUGGUCUAUUGGUGAUUGCCUUGGCUACUGGAGCAAUCAAGCCAUGUGUGUCAGCUUUUGCUGCCGAUCAGUUCUCAGAAGAGCAGCAGGAUCUCCGAGCUCAGUUCUUCAGCUUCUUCUACUUCGCCAUUAACGGUGGCUCACUAUUUGCCAUUAUUUUGACGCCGAUUCUUCGUGGUCGAGUCAGCUGCUUAGGGUCGCAAUACUGUUUUCCAUUAGCUUUCGGU